GAACUCUUCCAAGUCAAGGAGACCUCGAUCUGCCGGUGUAACAACAAUGGCAGUGUUCAGUGCACAGGUGCUUCUGGCAGUAACAAGAUCAAGGGGAUCUUACCUGCUGUCUAAGAGGCACAGCUGCUGCCCUCUCCCCUCCACAGCCUACGUCCACCACAACCUGGACCCCCCCAGCCGCCUGUCGUUCUUACCCUCCCUCAGCCAUUCCAGGUCUGGCUACCCUCACUGUGUUCGGCUCCAUGGUUUCAAGAACCACAGCACCACCCUGCUGGCCAGAUCUCUGCACAGUUCCUGUGUCUGGCUGCAGGACACCAAGGCCCCUGUCACCCCAGCCCAGGAUGACCACCCAGGGACGUUUAAGAAUGGCCCCCCUACACCCCAACCUCCAGUCCCUGCUCCUGCUGCUGCCACUGUUGUGGCUGCAGCUGCCCCUACGGUCCAGGUAGUAAGGAAAUCUAUUGGCCAGAGGAUAGUGGAUGAGCUGAAACACUACUACAAUGGCUUCAGGUUGUUGGGAAUUGAUACCAAGAUUGCAGGGAGGAUGGUGUGGAGACUGCUGCACGGACAACUGCUCUCACGCAGGGAGAGGAGACGGCUGAUGAGGACAUGUGCUGACCUGUUCCGCCUGUUGCCCUUCAUGGUCUUCAUCAUCGUUCCCUUCAUGGAGUUCCUGCUUCCUGUCUUCCUCAAGCUCUUCCCUGAGAUGCUGCCCUCCACUUUCGAGACCGAGACCAAGAAGGCACAGAAGCAGAAGAAGGGUCUGGCUGCUAAGCUGGAGCUGGCUAAAUUCCUCCAGGAGACCAUAGCAGAAAUGGCCAAGAGGAACAAGACCAAGGCUCUGACAGAGGACGAGACGCAGCGCUUCUCCACCUACGUACAGAAGGUGCGUCACACAGGGGAGCAGCCCACCACUAAGGACAUCGUUAAGUUCUCCAAGCUGUUUGAAGACGAAUUAACGCUGGAGCAUCUAGAGCGCCCCCAGCUGGUGGCCCUGUGUAAGCUGCUUGAGCUCCAGCCCAUAGGAACCAAUAACCUGCUCCGCUUCCAGCUGAUGAUGCAGCUGAGAACCAUCAAAGCAGACGACGAGGUGAUCGCCACUGAGGGUGUGCCUGCUCUGAGUGUGUCAGAGCUGCAGGCAGCGUGUCGUAGCAGAGGGAUGAGGUCACUGGGUCUGACCACUGACCAGCUACGCCAACAGAUGCAACAGUGGUUGGACCUGCACUUGAAGGAGAACGUCCCUCCCUCUCUGCUGCUGCUCUCCAGAGCUAUGUACUUGACUGACGUCAAACCCAUUAUACCCGUCAUACCCCCUGUACCCAAACUAGAGAAGGCCACUCCUCUAGCUGAGACCCCACAGGGAACAACAGCCUCCUCCUCAGACUUACUAGUGGACCCAGCUCUGGUCAUCAAAGACAGGCUGGUGGAAGAGGUUAGAGACCAGGCUGCCAUCGUCUCAGACAAACCUCCCACCCCUGCCCAGAUUGUUCAGGCCGAAGAAGCAAAGGCGUCCCAGAAGAGCAAGAUAAGUGUCAACGGAGUGUGAGGAGGACUGAAAGGGCUUGACCGGACCCCACAACCCUGUGUCCUCAGGGUUGAGGGGGGCUAUCAAUCAAGCUUAUCUACACCAAGAGGGAUCAGUCAACCCAAUCACCCCUCUGCCCCCCUUAACACCUUCUCCUUAUCCCAAAGACCAGGGGGGCGUGAGACUGUAUCCCCCGUCCUCACUGUCUAGCCAAUGGGGGCUCGCUGUGUGAUGAAAAGGUCAUAAGAUCAUCACAUGAUAAUGUCAUUAGACCAGACAACGCUUGGCUAAAAUGCCACUUUGCUCAGGAUCAGACCUCUGGCUACACCUGGAGUGAGGGCUGCUGGCAGGGGUUUAAAAUGGGACACCCACCUCUGCUUUGUCUGAAUAGUCUCUGGUUCUUUUCGCCUGCAUCUAUUUGGUUUACAUGUAAUGCACUCCAUCCAUUUGGGUUUCACACUCCAUUUCAGCAGGACACUGUUACGUAAACUCUGUUAUGUAAAAUUCCCUCAACUGGGAUUACCUUUCGUUUUGUUUUAGGGAUCACAGUUACCCAGUGAUGUAACAAAUAUUAUGUCCUUGAAGAGUAGACUCAUCCUCUCAAGAUGUACCGUUUGGCCCAGUGUUCUGGUUGGUUGGUUUUGGUGUAACUUUAGUCUGUUUCACUUCCGGUUGCAUUGAGACCUAGCCUGGUCUCAGAUUCAUUAGGUGCUGAAGCUGAAUCCUCUUGACUAGAAACACCGCAAAUGCGAAAGCAGGGGGUGGCUGUGGUGUGUUAGGGGUCACCUGCUGGCUUUGAACCAUUCUUCAAGGUGUGUUUUCUCUUAGUUGGCCCGCUCAUCUCCAGAUCUGGAUCAGACUAACGUAGACCACCAACCCCCUCAUGUAUAUUUGUAAAUACCCUGUAAAUGGUUCUCCGUGUCUGGCAGAAAAGGUACACCUGCUCUGUACGUUGGUUAUGCCACGCCCUCAAGCUCUCCCAACUAAAGAGUUCUAUGAACUUUUACCCUCCUAUUAUUUUGUCUUGUUUGUUGAAUAUUUGAAUCUAAGACGGGCCAACUCUUUACAUUAACUUGCCUUCAUACCAUGAAGUUACUCUCGAACUACUCUGGUAACCAGAAUGUAAUUGUUUAGCUCAAAAUGCUCUUUGCAAAUAAGGUAUAUAAGCAAUGAUUGAUGUGUAAAGGAAAUUGGGUAAAUUGUCUAGCUAGUUACAAUGGUAGUUGCAUUUGAAUUACAACAGAAAAUGUAACACACGUGGUAUCUGUGCAAUUUAUUGUGAAGCGUGACACUACGACUGCGUGGUCCAAUGUCAUUUAGCAGACCCUCUUAUCCAGAGCAACUUACAGGAGCAAUUAGAGUAAAGUGCCUCUGUCGAUGUGCCCUAGUAAGCUCUGGGAAUCAAACGAGUGCCCUUAAUUGUAAGCUAGCGAGAGAGUUCACUCCUGAUACACAGGAGAGGCUGUAGGAGCACCUAAAUCCUGAUAGUCAACACAACUGCCAGUCUGGGGACAAAUGGACUAUACAGUGUAUAUGUUGUGUUAAUGCUCUUCUACUACCCUUGAUUUACACAUUUAAAAGCAAAUACUUGACUGACAGCUAUUGGAAAUGAUCCAUACCCACUGUUAACUCAACUAGAGAAGUGUGUAAAGAGUUUAUUUGAGCGAAACAGCAUGAAAAUGCAGGUUUUGUGAACUCUUAAAGGAUUACACAAGAAAGUGUUAAAUUUUAUUUUGAAAUGUGGUUCUCAAAGAACUUGAAAGAUGGCCGCUAUUUGAUGAUGAACUGCCUAGUACCUAUCCUGCUUACGUAUGUUAACACAAUUAUGUGAUCGAGAAGAUUCUUGGAAGGUUUACCACAUAAACAUAUAGUAUGUG